AUGGCUGUCGGACCUGUUACUGGACUUUUCAAAAGACAAAUUAUCGUUGACUUUUCUACGAUUCUUGGUUUAGGAACCGCUGGUGGCUUGGUGUGGUGGUACGGUUACCACAAGCCUGCCUUCAAGCAACGUGAUGAGUAUUACAAGAAACUUGCUGCAGAAAAGCUUUCCGAAUAA